UACAGCAGAGACUGCGGGGGAAAAAAACAAAGUAGCCUAUGGAAGGAAGAGUUUUAAAGUUUUAACAGUGUGUCUUAUGGGUCGGAAACAGUGUCUUUGUGAAACGGACACUGAACUUUGGCUUUUGAUGCAUUCAUUUCCAAGACAUUGAACCCAAUGUGAGAAUCUAUUACGCCGUGGUGGAGUGAGCUGUCUGCGGAGAGAAGCUUGCUUCAUCCGUGCGACAAGGUUUUAACCAGGCCAGCCAAGUGGGCCUAGCUAUCUAGUUAGCUAACGCUGUUACUGUAGUUAUUAAUUAUAGCUUAUGAAUUGGGCAGAUAAAUUUUUGAGAGCUACUAUUUGUCAAAAGUUGCCGAAGUCUCCUCUUAGUUUGGCAAAGAUUUCUGCCAAACCACCCGGCUAAGUUUGGAUUGACUACAGCUAGCUAGUUAGCCAGUUAAUGCUGGCCAAGUUUUCGAAGUAAUAUUUUUCCUAGAAAUGACAGUGUACUGCAAAGCUUGUCAAGAAGAUUUAUCCGGUACCGUCCAUGUACUUAAAAUGUAUUAAGCUGUGCCGCUAAAUGUUUCUUGACUCAGCUUCGAACUAAUUGUUUUUAAUGAGUAAGUGGCUAGCUAGCUAGCAAUGUCAACCCCCUCUUCCGAUAUGCUUGAAACACCACCUGGAUAUCCUUUUGAAGAAAUAGACUAUGCAGACAUUGAGGUUGAGGAGGUGGUGGGAAGAGGAGCUUUUGGUGUUGUGUGCAAAGCCAAGUGGAAAGGAAAAGAUGUGGCAAUCAAAACAAUAGAGAGUGAAUCUGAGAGAAAUGCCUUCAGUGUGGAGCUUCGACAGCUGUCACGUGUGAAUCAUCCCAACAUUGUGAAGUUGUACGGUUCUUGCAACAAUCCUGUGUGUCUGGUGAUGGAAUAUGCAGAGGGAGGGUCUUUGUACAAUGUGCUGCAUGGUACCGAACCCCUCCCCCACUACACUGCCUCCCAUGCCAUGAGCUGGUGUUUACAGUGUGCCCAGGGGGUGUCCUAUCUCCAUGGCAUGAAACCAAAGGCUCUCAUUCACAGAGACCUCAAACCUCCCAACCUGCUCCUGGUGGCUGGGGGGACUGUGCUGAAGAUCUGUGACUUUGGGACAGCGUGUGACAUACAGACACACAUGACCAAUAACAAAGGCAGCGCGGCCUGGAUGGCUCCCGAGGUGUUUGAAGGCAGCAACUACAGUGAGAAGUGUGAUGUCUUUAGCUGGGGGAUUAUCCUGUGGGAGGUGAUCACACGUCGAAAGCCCUUCGACGAGAUCGGCGGCCCUGCUUUCCGCAUCAUGUGGGCCGUCCACCGCGGCACCCGUCCUCCCCUGAUCAAGAACCUGCCCAAGCCCAUAGAGAGCCUCAUGACCCGGUGCUGGUCCAAAGACCCGUCUCUGCGACCUUCCAUGGAGGAGAUCGUAAAGAUCAUGACCCACCUGAUGAGGUACUUUCCGGGCUCGGAUGUGCCGCUGCAGUACCCUUACCAGUAUUCAGAUGAAGGACAGAGUAAUUCUGCCACUAGCACAGGCUCCAUUGUGGACUACACCUGUACCACCAGCAGCAGCAGGAAUGACACCAAUAUGGAGCACAGCAACUCCCCAGGGAGCAACGACACCAUUAAAAUCAUAGAGAACAAGUUUCCCCCAUUUAAAUCAAAGGAUCCAUUGAGGUCUGGUCUGCCACUCUCCAGAGGAGGGAGUGUGGAGAGUUUAUCAGGCAGAACCCACUGUCUGGUCUCCGACAGCAAACGAAUGAGUGCUGACUUCUCAGAACUAGAGCCUAAGAUGCCCUUCAUGCCUACAGCACGCCCCCCGUUUAAACGAGGUCACCGUAAAACGGCAUCGCACGGCACCAUUCUGGAUAUCCCCAAGAUCGUCGUGACAGCUACCUGUGAGCCCCACAGACGCAGGUCAGUCCACGACGUCUCCGCGGUGGGCACAGAGCCCAGUCAGGAGAGCAGGAACAGCAGCCGCUCUUCCAGCCCCAGCGUGCGAAUGAUCACGUCAGACAAGACGGGACGAAGCUACGGCUACUCUCCCGACGAUCCCUCAGACACCAACGGCUCAGACAACUCCAUUCCCAUGGCGUAUCUGACCCUGGACCAUCAGCUCCAGCCUCUUGCCCCGUGUCCAAACUCCAAAGAGUCCAUGGCUGUGUUUGAGCAGCAUUGCAAAAUGGCACAGGAGUACUUGAAAGUUCAGACCGAAAUCGCCUUGCUGAUACAAAGGAAGAAAGAGUUGAUUGCAGAGCUGGACCAGGACGAGAAGGAUCAGCAGAACACAUCUCGGCUUGUUCAGGAACACAAGAAGCUUCUGGAAGAGAACAAGAGCCUGUCCACCUAUUACCAGCAGUGUAAGAAACAGUUGGACCUGAUCCGUGCCCAGCAGCAGAAAAGACAGGGCACGUCAUGAGUGUCCACGCAGCCUAAAGAGACAGACACAUGGACGCACUCGAAAGACACCUCCACACACACAAACACACACAC